UUUUGCAUAGUAACCUGUAGUGAAUAUACAAAUUUUUGUGUCACUUUUACCAUCAAAAUGAAAUAAAAUACGGAAUGCGUAAAACUUACAGCAGAGCCAAAUAGAGAAAUAGAUAAAAUGCCCAAAAGAGCACUGGUUCUUUUGGCCGAAGAGUCAGAGGAAAUGGAAGCAGUCACUAUAAUAGACAUUCUUCAUCGCGCAGGGAUAGAAGUCGAAAUUGUUGGGAUUCCGGAAAACAAAACGAUAAGAUGCAAUGGUGGAGUUGUAGUCCAUCCUACAAUAGACAUUCAACGUGCAAGAACCAGGGGUCCUUUCGAUGUCAUUGUACUUCCUGGUGGUCUGUCAGGUGCUAAAGUUUUAGGCAAACAUCGAGAAGUAGGUAACAUUUUGAGAGAACAAGACAAUUCUGGGCGUAUCAUCGCAGCUGGAUGUGCAGCUCCUGUCUUUGUACUAAAAGCUCACGGGAUAGGAGAAGGUAAAAUGUUCACCUGUUACCCAACAUUGGUUGAUAAUUUAACAAAUGAUGGAAAACACUAUUUUAGUCCAGAUAAUGUGGUUAUUGAUGGAAACAUUACGACUAGUAGAGAACCCAGUAUGGCCGUUGAUUUUGCAUUAAGUAUAGUUUUACAGCUUACUGACUCCAAUAAAUAUAACGAAAUUGUAAAAGCUGUGCGACCGUUGCGUUGAUUGAUAACACAAUUUCAAAUAAUUAA